UACAGCUGGGGUAUGAAAAACACUGAGAUCUUUGUACUGGCCGUACUUUUGGCCAGCAGUUCAGUAGUUGUGCUGGGCUCGGUAAGUGGCAGCUUUCUGGAGCAUCCGUGUGGCACUGUUCCGACUCGCAAAUACAAAAUUUACGGAGGUCACGACGCCCCAAUAGCCAGCGCUCCAUGGAUGGCCAUGGUCAUGGGGGAAAAGGGUUUCCAUUGCGGAGCCACACUAAUCACAAAUCGCUUCGUACUGACGGCUGCACAUUGUAUAACAAACGGGGAACUAAAGGUCCGCCUGGGCGCACUCGACCAAGAAGCUGAAGCACAGGAGUUCGCCGUCGAUGCCGUGUUUGUCCACACAGAUUAUGAAUUUAACCAGCACGAUUUGGCUCUUUUGAGACUGGCCAAGCAAGUGCACUAUUCAGAGAAUAUAAGUCCGAUUUGCUUGCUCCUGGACCCGCUCUUUAAAAACAUUGAUAAGCACAUUAUCAAGUUUAGAACCUACGGCUGGGGACAAACCGAAUCGAGCGCGUCUAGCCGGAUGCUCCAGAAGACCUCGCUCUUUAACCUUCGCCGAUCUGAGUGCGCGAAGUAUUCGCGUCAGCAGAUCAAUCGCAAUCACAUCUGCGCGGAAAGAGCUAAUGCCAACAAUUGCAAUGGAGAUUCCGGUGGUCCGCUGACCGCCAUCGUAACAUAUGACCAUGUCCAAACUGUGUUCCAGUUUGGAGUCACCAGCUUCGGACAUGAGGACUGCUCCAAAGCCACUGUCUUUACAAACGUAAUGGCCCAUUUGGACUGGAUCGUAAAUACUGUUCGCCGCGCAGGGAAUAUGUAAUGCGGUGAAGCGUUUUGAAAAACAAAAUAUAACGGUUGCAUAAUGAAUCCAGUAAAAAUCGAGCGGAUGAUUUUUAUUAAACGGAAUUAUUAAACUUAUUUAAUUAUAAGGAAAAACCCAUACCCAUACACUCGCAUAUAAAUAAAUUUUUGUCAAUAAAAAACAAAA